UGGUUGAGUUUCAAUGUGAGCGUACGAAGUGGCUACAAUGUACCAGGGCUCGGAGUGACUGAUACAUCCUCAGCUGGGAGAACUGCUACUGUGUGAUCCCCCCCUUCUCCCCCUGUACAAAGCUCUGUGUCUUUUCCUGGUGCUACCGCUCCCCCAGGCUCUGCUCCCCUCCCCUGAAUCAUAUUUGUUUUCUUGUAUAAACCUCCAGUACGCAUAAACCGAGCCCAAAAGAAAAACGGGGGGAUAUCUGACUCUCACUGCCUCUGUCUGUCUGCCUCUCUCCCUCUCCCACAAUUAUUUAAAAAUGAUGGCCCCAAUGCAACAGAAUGGAAAUCAUAUAGAGCUCGACCCCCCAGACUCAAGGAAGAGACCGUUAGAAGCGCCCAUCGAUGCCGGCAGUACAAAGCGGACUAACACAGGAGAAGAAGGCGAGUUUUUCCUGAAGGUCCUGAUCCCCAGUUACGCUGCAGGCUCGAUAAUCGGGAAGGGCGGACAGACCAUCGUCCAGCUGCAGAAGGAGACUGGCGCCACCAUCAAGCUCUCCAAAUCCAAAGACUUCUACCCAGGCACGACCGAGCGGGUUUGCCUGAUCCAGGGGACGGUGGAAGCCUUGAACACUGUACAUGACUUCAUUGCAGAGAAAGUCCGGGAGAUGCCGCAGAACGUCGGCAAGGCGGAGCCGGUCAACAUACUCCAACCCCAGACCAACGUCAACCCUGACCGUGUCAAGCAAGCGAAGCUGAUCGUCCCCAACAGCACGGCCGGGCUGAUCAUCGGCAAGGGCGGCGCAACCGUGAAGGCCGUGAUGGAGCAGUCAGGCGCCUGGGUGCAGCUGUCGCAGAAGCCGGAAGGCAUCAACCUGCAGGAGAGGGUGGUGACGGUGAGCGGCGAGGCAGAGCAGAACCGCAAGGCGGUGGAGCUGAUGGUGCAGAAGAUCCAGGAGGACCCGCAGAGCGGCAGCUGCCUCAACAUCAGCUACGCCAACAUCUCGGGCCCGGUGGCCAACUCCAACCCCACCGGCUCGCCCUACGCCAACUCGGCCGAGGUCCUGCCGGCCGCGGCCUCGGCGGCGGGGCUACUGGGCCACGCCAACCUGGCUGGCGUGGCCGGCUUCACCGCCGGGCUGUCGGGCUUCACCGGCAACGACCUGCUGGCCAUCAGCUCGGCCCUCAACACCUUGGCCAGCUACGGCUACAAUACCAACUCCCUGGGGCUGGGCCUCAACCCGGCCACGGCCACCGGUGUGCUGGCGGCCGUGGCGGCCAGCGCCAACCCCGCCGCCGCCGCCGCCGCCAACCUGCUGGCCUCGUAUGCCAACGAAGCCUCAGCCGGCACCAACGCCCCGGCGGGCUCGGUGGGCUCCUUCUCGCUGGGCUCGCUGGCUGCCGCCUCGGCCGCUAGCAACGGGUACUUCAGCGCCGCCUCGCCGCUGGCUGCCGGCUCCAUCCUGGCGGCGGAGAAGCUGAGCGAGGGCUCCAAGGACGUGGUGGAGAUCGCCGUGCCCGAGAACCUGGUGGGCGCCAUUUUGGGCAAGGGCGGCAAGACGCUGGUAGAGUACCAGGAGUUGACUGGCGCCCGCAUCCAGAUCUCCAAAAAGGGCGAGUUUAUCCCGGGCACGAGGAACCGCAAGGUCACCAUCACCGGAUCAGCGGCCGCCACACAAGCCGCUCAGUAUUUAAUCAGCCAAAGGAUCACCUACGAGCAAGGAGUGCGCGCUGCCAACCUCCAGAAAGUUGGGUAACCAGGAGCAGGAGCUGAAAGACAGGUGUCCGCUUUUUUAAACAGAAACUGAACGGAGCUUAUAUAGUACUUGAUCUAAUUAAAACGUCUUGUAUUAAUAUAUUAUAUGAAGCGUCAGAGAUCUGUGUAUAUGUAAAUAAUGUUUACUGCGUUUCCAUUGGAGACCAUGUCUUCAGUUGAUUUGGGUUUCCUUCUCUCCCGCCCUCCCUGUUCCUCCCUGGCCGUUGCCUCUACACUCACCUAUUUCCCCGUCCUCUUCCCCCACCCCUUUUCAUCCACCCUCCCCCUCCCCCCCCGUCCCCACCUCCCUGGCUCUCUGCUCCAUCCCGACCCCCCCACCAGCCCUACACUCUCCGCCCUCUCGCUAGCCGCCAGCCUCCUCCACUCCCUCCUAAUGCUGGCCUCCUCCCUCUUAUUCCAACCCCCCCUUCUCCCCGGCCGCCGCCUAUGUCUCCUGCCCCCACCCUCCCUCAUCUUCUUUCCUCUUCCACUUCCCUAAUCCUCCCUCUCGCACCGUCCUCCUUCUCCUAGCCUUUGUUCUUCCAACUCUCCUUUCCCCUCCCACUCCCUCAUCUCCCCUUCCUCUUUCCUCACUCUCCCUCCUUUUCCCUUCCCUUCCUUAUCCUCCCCUCUUCCCUCACCCUCCCUGUUCUUCCCUCCUCCCCCUCCCUUUUCCCUUCCUUAUCCCCUUAUUCUCCCUCCUAUUGCUCUAACCUCACUCAUGCCCUAGUCUUCUCCCCCUCUCUACCGCCCCCCCACC